AAAAAAUUGAGGUUAUGGGUUGUCUUGUAUUAAAAAAUGUUUGUGCUGUUUAUGUUUUGUUGUGUAUAUUAUAAUUAAUUCUUAUGCUAAGAAAUAGUUUUCGGAAGAAGCGAAAGAAGCCUUAUGAAGUCUCGACGGUGUAACCUCUUACGAGGAAUUGGAUAGACAAUUAGUCUAAAUCCAAGUUUUUUUUUACAUCCGGAAUCAACAAAUCAGUAUUUACAAGAUUUUUUAUUUUAUGUGUUGUGAUCGCUAUGAUGAUUGAUAUACCGAAAGAAUUUAAAAAAUACUCAAAACAUUGCCAGAGCUUAAAGCGUAUUAUUCAAGACACUCUGAAUUAUUUUGAGGAAAUUCACAAUUCCCUUCGAAUCCACGAUGAGGUGAAAGAAGAGUUGUUGAGGAUAGACAUCGAGCAAAUAGGCCCUAAACUAGAGCGAAUUCCAACUCUUUUUGUGUUUGGGCAAAAUUGCCAUUCAAAAGCAUUGUUCGUAAACCUUCUUUUAGGGCAGAACAUUUUGCCCCUGUACAGCUCGAAGUGGAGAUAUGUAACGUUUGUAUACGGAGUUGCGAAAUCCAUUCGUUUAACUCUAAACCACGAUAUUGAAAUAGUGGAGAAGCUCCAAGCGCAUGAAAAAUCAUGGAUAACAAUACCUGAAGCUGAUUUGCAACGAGGUGACAAUGAAUCCCUUUUGGACCAUUGUCCCUCUUUGGAAAUCGAACUUUCUCAUUCAAUUCUUAAAGAAAAUAUCAAUCUUAUGGUACCUCCUGAUUGUUCCAUUGAUCAGUUGACAGAAAUUUUAUUUAAAUAUAUGGAUAAGGUUUUACCUAUUGUUGUUUAUACUAUUUCUGAAGACAUAUUGAGUGAUUCGAAUAUUCAAGAAAUCAAGAAACUGAAAGAUAUUUAUAAGGUUCCGUUUUUGUUUAUAAGUUUAUCUACCAAUGAAAAAUUAAGUACAGAAUCUUUAACAGAAUCUGAACAACAUUUAUUAGAAUCUGAAAAUCAAGAAGAAUUUUCUAAUUUACCAAAUUUACGUGAUCAAUUAUUAAGACUGGGAUUUAUAGAUGAUAUGGAUAACUCAAAGACUGAAAUUAUGAAAUCAAAAAAAAAUUCUUUGUGUUUGGAAUGUUCAUUAGACACUUUAAUAAGUGACAAAAGAUUAAAUGAGGAUUUCCUAAAACACAUACAGAACGUUUUGAAGUACACAAUUUUAAAAUUAGCCGCCAUAUUAAGCGAGAUUCACAACAAAUGUCUCCGGCAGUUCAUUCUUCGCGCUUUCGACAUGGCCCGCGAAAUUCAAAUAACUCCAAAGCGCAUCGAGUAUGCCCAAAAAAUCGAAUUGCAGCUUUACGAUACUCUAAUCAAAAUAGCUUGUGAACAACAAGAAGAAAUCACCGCGAUAAUUCAAAGGAAACUUCUCGAUAUGAAAUCUAACGUUGCUGAAGUAUUAGAAGGUUAUAAUCAUCCAAAUAACGGCCAUCAAAGAACGUCCAAAACGGCUACGAUAGAAAUCCAGCAGCUGGUAUUGAAAAGACUGAAUACAUCAGUGGCUACACAAAUCGUCCAGUCCGUGGGAUGCCUGCAGGAAAGUUUCACGGGAACGCUACAGCGAUGCUUGGAAAGCCUCGAGAAAAAUUGCCACGAAUUGGAAGGCAACGUUCUGGCCUCGGACGCUGUUAGGCAAAUAGUCAGCGCCGCUUACAACGUAGAUCUGAACUCUUCGUCGUCGUUUUCGAUAGUCCACACGCUAAUGGACCGCUUCAGGACAAUAUUGUCGUCCUUCGUCUUACCUUGGUCUUCUUCUGGCCACGUACAGUGCAAUCUCCAAUGGCAACUACAAGUCGCCACGAACAUGAUUGAGAAAUUGAGCGCCUCGAAACUGGCGAAGACAAUAUGUGUACAGUUUAAAGAACAUAUUAAGUCAUCGCACGAAUCGUUCGUGUCGGCUAUUCGAUCAUUGGACCAUCAGUUGUCGGAUCAACUAGAACACACUGAGGAACAGAGAAUAGCGAUACGCAAAAAACACGCUCCGAGAUUCGCUAGACUGGCCCUCGAGAGUACGUCCCUCUGCGAUUUGAUACGUUACGGCAUGCCGAAGCAAAUUAAAGAAAUCGGCAGGGGACAGUACGGCGUCGUGUCGUCCUGCGAACCUUGGGCAGGAAUCAAUCCGUGCGCCUUUAAGUCUGUGGUACCUCCCGAUGACAGACAUUGGAACGAUUUAGCCAUGGAAUUUUUUUAUACCAGGACAAUUCCGGGUCAUCCUAGGAUCGUGAAGCUUAGGGGAUCUGUAAUUGACUACACGUACGGAGGCGGAAGUUCUCCAGCUGUUUUACUCAUUAUGGAGAGAAUGACUAGAGACCUUUAUUGCGGCCUUCGCAGCGGCCUGUCGUGGCUCGCCCGUCUAAGGAUUGCCAUAGACGUAAUAGAAGGAAUUCGAUACCUUCAUUCUCAGGGAUUAGUUCACAGGGACAUCAAACUCAAAAAUGUUCUCUUGGAUACUAAGGACAGGGCAAAAUUGACCGAUUUUGGAUUCUGCAUACCAGAAGCAAUGAUGUCGGGUAGUAUUGUAGGUACACCGGUUCACAUGGCUCCUGAGCUAUUGAGCGGAAGGUACGAUUCCAAAGUCGAUGUCUACGCGUUCGGGAUCUUAUUUUGGUACAUCUGCGCUGGUCAAGUCAAAUUACCGACGCACUUCGAUCAGUUCCAGAACAAAGAGCAGCUUUGGAAUAGCGUAAGAAGAGGUAUUCGACCGGAAUGUUUGCCGAAUUUUGAGGUGGAUUGUUGGAAUCUAAUGGAACAAUGCUGGGCGGCGGAUCCAGCAGAUAGGCCUUUGCUGGGCUACGUUCAGCCCCAAUUAGAAACUAUAUACAACAGCCUGAAGAAUAAAUCUGAUAAUAUAAUUGUUAAGUAAAUUUCCGAUGAGAUUUGUAGUUUUUUUGUGUUUUACAAAUUCGUGUUUAUUUUUAACUGCUGUUGGAUAGAUGCUACGAUAUUUUAUAUGUUAAAUUGUUGGUUAAUUUUUUAAGUUUUGCCUGUUCAAUUUACAAUUCUACUAACUUUUAUCAUUCUCGACUAACAGCGAAUAAUUAAAUUACUCCCAAAGUUACUGCUUUUUUAUGCAUUAUAUAUGUACAGAAUUUAUUGAAGUGUUUAUAUCGUUAUGAGAAAAUUAAUACUGUAAAUAAAUAUUUUU